UGAACAAACCAAUCGUUGCAUCGCAUUAGACAUUUAAAGCAAAUUCGUCACUACGUUCCAAAGAUUCAAAUUUGAGAGUACUCAACUGGGAGAUACGUUUCAGCAGUUUUAGAGGUCAUCUCUGAAAGGCUGGUUCAAUCAUGGCGCAUUUUGGAUUCGAGAACGACAUUCAAAGCAUCCUGAAGCUAGACAUGCCAAUCACCAAUGCACCUAUGGCAAGGUGGCAGAGAAAAUCCAACACAUCGACCACCGUUUCUAGCAACCCUUUAACUCCGAGCAGAUCUCUCAGUAUGUCCAAGACGCCCAGCAAAACACCAGGCAAAAAUGGGAAGACCCAAUGCACACCAAACAAAGUUGGAGGUGACCGUUUCAUUCCCACCCGAAAUGCCAAACAGAUAGAUGUGGCGAGCUUUCUUCUUACUAAAGAGAAUGAGCCCAUGGACACAAACGCCACAUCUGAAAUAUCAGCAGACAACCAAAAAGCCUGGUCUGUAACACUUAAUGGAUAUGAUAUUGAGGAGGCCAAGAUUCUCCACCUGGGGGGGAAACCUUUGAAUGCUCCAGAAGGUUAUCAAAACAAUUUGAAAGUCCUCUACAGCCAGGUCCCUACACCAGCCUCAACAAAGACGAGAUACAUCUCAACAGUUCCUGACAGAAUCUUGGAUGCCCCAGAUCUCAGAAAUGACUUCUAUUUGAAUCUAAUAGACUGGAGCAGCCGCAACCUCUUGGCUGUAGCUCUUCACAACAGUGUGUACUUGUGGGAUGCGACACAAGGUGACAUCAUCCUACUCAUGAAGACUGAGCAAGUAGAUGACUACAUAUGUUCAGUAUCCUGGACCAAAGAGGGCAACUACCUGGCCAUUGGCACCAGGGACUGCAAAGUGCAGUUAUGGGAUGUGGAUAACCAAAAGCGGCUUCGUAGUAUGGCCAGUCACUCAAGCAGAGUUGGCAGCUUGAGUUGGAACAAUCAUAUUCUGUCCAGGUUGGUGCUCAUCUUUUACCUCGCGACCUUUGAUGUCCCCCUUUAUAAAAUUGCCACUUGUUUUUGGUAUUUGGUGUGUAUUAACUUGUGGCUUUGUUUUGUCCAUAGUGGUUCUAGAUCAGGUCACAUCCACCACCAUGAUGUGAGGGUGGCCGACCACCACAUCGUCACCCUUACGGGCCACUCUCAGGAGGUAUGUGGCUUACAGUGGUCCCCAGAUGGUCGGUAUCUGGCUAGUGGAGGUAACGACAACCUGGUUUACGUUUGGCCUGGUGUGAAUGCGGGCAGUCGGAACAGCGACAACGCCGUACACUGUUUCAGUGAACACCAAGGAGCAGUCAAGGCUCUGGCCUGGUGUCCAUGGCAGCCAAACAUUCUUGCCACAGGUGGCGGCACCAGUGACCGACACAUUCGCAUCUGGAAUGUCAACAGUGGCUCCUGCGUCAGCGCAUUGGACACUCUGUCCCAGGUGUCCUCACUGGCGUUUGCGCCAAACUACAAAGAGCUUGUCUCUGGACAUGGAUAUGCCCAGGACAGUGUCGUUAUCUGGAAAUAUCCAUCUCUCUCCAAAGUUGCAGAGCUUAAUGGGCAUGAGGGCAGAGUUCUAAACCUGAAACUGAGUCCGGACGGCUCCACUGUUGCUACUGUGGCUGGAGAUGAAACAGUCCGUCUGUGGAAAAGCUUUGAGCUCGAUCCAGUGAAGAAAAAGGCCAAGGAAAGAAUGGUGAAGUCAACUAGCAGCAUUAUUCAUCAGCGAAUCCGAUAAAAGGACAUGCAUAAUGAAUCAUCUUUACCAUAGUCUUAUUCUUCAGUAAAUUAUGUUGGAACUUGUAUUUGCUGUAUAAUAAAGAUAUCACUUUUAUGUUUUGUUGGUAUUUGUAUUUUGCUGUGUAGUGUUUAACAUGGGUAAUUUGGAUCAACAAAGCUGACAUCCCUGAAUUUUUGGGCAACUGAUUUAAAUGUAUGAUUUUAAUAGUACUGUAACUGUUGGCCUAUUAUAACGUGUCUAGAUGGUGAACUUUGAUAUUUCAGUAGCGCACAGGUGUGCAUCAUUUAGACCAAUCUAUGGAUGAUUCACUGUUAAU